CCUGGCUCCCAGCCCUCCUCCCCGAGUAGGGGAGAGAACCCAGGAGUCCUGGCUCCCACCUCCCCCAACGACAAGACCCCACACUCGUCCCAGAAAAGCAGUGGCCCAAAGGUGCAGCUGGCUCAUGCAAACUAAUAAGGAGAGACUGGACAGUUGGGGGGGGGCUAGAAUCUCCCAUGGACCCCCCCUCCAUGCCAUGAACUCGCUGGGCCCUGCUUAGCUUCAUGACCUCCAUGCGGUAAACAAGCCAACGUCCAUCUGGGCCACUAGAUGGCGCUGAAGCUCCACGGGCCAAGUUGCGAGCGCGGGCUGUAACCGGCCUUGUGACCCAACCCGGGGCCAGCCCCUGAGCGCUACGGGGGCCGGCGGGGGAAAAGGAACAGCUGAGACAGAAUGUACCAUCUGCGCCAGGAAAAGGGGGGUGGAUUCCAUAGAGGUCGCAGGCGCCCUGCCCCAUGAGAGGGCGUAGCCCCUAGUGGCCAGCCCCCAGUGAGAAGGGGUGUAACCCCAGUGACCCUAUCCCCAUAAAGGGGUUAACCCCAUAGACCCGCCCUCCAAUGUGAAGAGGGUGUGGCCUCAGUGACCCCCCCAGGUGAAGGGGCGUAACCCCAUUAGUCCUGCCCCCAUAAAUUGUUUAACCCCUCUGGCCCUGCCCCCAAUGGAGGAGCGUGACUCCAGUGGCCCCGCCCCAAUGAGAAGGGGUGUGGCCCCAGUGGCCCCGCCCCCACACAGUGUUUAAUCCCCAGUGGCUCCACCCACCCCUGACCCUUUCCCCUGACCCUCCUCAGUGGCCUGACUUCCCCUGCAGCCCCCGCCCAUGGGGCUGCCCCCCGCUCUCCUCCUCAUGCUCUGCCUCUGCCCUGUCCGCCAGGGCCUGGCUCCCCCAGACCCAGGGCUGCUGGCCCAGGGCCGUGCCCGGCUGCGGGAGGCCCAGACACUGGCCCGCCACCCGCAGCUGGGGGCCUGCUGGGCGGGGGCCCUGGGGAGGCUGGACGGGGGCUGCCAGCAGCUGGGGGAGGAGCAGCAAAGCCGCAUCGCCCUGGCCUUUGCCCACUGCCACCUGCAGAGGUCGGGUCGGCCCUUCCCUCGCUGCGAGGCCAGCAGCUCCGUCCGGGCCUGCACCCAGCACAUGGACCCUGUGGCCUUCGGGGUCUACACUGAAUUCUUCACCCAUGCCCACAGCAUCUGCUACCUCCUCCGCAGUGAGGCCUGGCAGCAGCAAGCUGAGAGCACCGUGCACAGGCUGGUAGCCAGUUCGGAGGGCGUAGCUGAGCGGCUGGAGGAGACCAACCAGCUGGCGGAGCAGGCAGCGCGGGCACAAGAGGCCACCCUGCGAUCCCAGGAGCAGAUCCUCCGCCAUGGGGAGCUGCUGAGACAGACACUGCAGGACUCCUCCAGGGGUGUCCGGGAGGCUUUUCAGGACAUACAGGAGGCAGCCGGACGGCAACGCCUGGCCUUCGCCGAGAUCGUGAACCGCCUCAGCUUCCUGCACCACUUCCUGGUGGGGGAGUCCCACGCCCUGGGCUCCUUCCUCUACCACCUGCUGACCGGCAGCGCCGCCCUGCUGCUCACCUCCAGCCAGCGCACUGCCGGGGCCAGGUUGAUCCUGCUUGGCCUGGUGGGGGGCAACGUCUACCUGGAACGUGUGAUCAGUGGACUCGUCUUGGAGAACACUGAGGCCGGCUCUGAUCCAAUGGAGGCCCUUGCCAGCUGGGUGGGGCUAUGCCGCAGGCUGUGUGUGGGCGCCGGGCUGGCCGUCCUGGCCUAUUGCGUCCUCACCUACCGCGACGUGGCCCAGCAGAGUCGGGAGGUGCUGCAGGGGCUGCAGGAGACCCGGGCCCAGAUGCAGCACAUCCUGCAGGAGACAGAACACCUACUGGCCCAGUGGGGCCCAGACCCCAGCCAGGACAAUGCUGAAUUCACCGACUCGGGCUUCCCGGGACCCCUCUCCCGGCCGGAACAAGGAGCCCCCUGGGCAGAGUUGCUCAGCACCAGCAGCCCCAAGAGCCGGAGCCGGUCCCCGGCCCGCCAGCGCCCCCGGCCGCAGAGACACACCAGCCGACGGGAUUCUGAGACACACAAUGUUCCUGUGCCACUGGACAGGCUGUGCUGCUAUGAUCUCCGGCGCCGGCCGGCCCUGAGAGACCCCCCCCAAACGUCAGCCACAGUGAAGGGGCCCCUCCGCAGCGCCCGAAGGGGAAGACCUCAGUUGCCGGCAGCAGGUGCCAUCCUGCUGAGCCCAACCUGGGAUCAGACUCCUACUGCGUGAAUGUCGCCCCAGGCCGGGAGCCAGGACUCCUGGGUUCUCUCCCCAGCCUGCGUGGGUCUGAGUGAGACACACAGGACAGGGGGAGGCUGCGUGAUGUUUUAUUGGAGACGGGCCACGCCGCGGCUUUUAGCUGGUAAUAAAAGGAGCCUGACAAUUUGGUA